AAAUCAGAGACCCAAGGCAAAAAUUUAGGGUUUGGCUGGGGACUUUCGAUUCAGUUGAAGACGCAGCUCGAGCCUACGACGCCGCUGCUCUUUCGCUUCGGGGACCCAAGGCCAAGAUCAACUUUCCAUCAACCACACCUUCAAAUCCCUACUAUCCAUUUCAUCAGAACCCUAACGAUCGCUUUGUCAAUCAGCGGUUGUAUCCUCAGGAGCACCAGAUUAUCGCCCAGAGGACCACUCUUAGCAGAUUCUGUUGAGUCGUUCAGUGGGCCUGGGCAGCGUGAGACUGCUGAUUUGCCAUCGCGGAACACCCUCGGUUGCCGGAUGAAAGAAGGGGUCGAAUGGCAUAGGCUCGGUAGAGAAGAGUUGAGAGGUGAGCAGAGGAGCGGAAGAGAGAAGAGAGACUUGGGAAGGGAGUUGCAAGUCGACGAGACUGGGAUCGGGAGGAGUCGGAUUUAG